AUGAACGAAGUCCCGCUGUGCGAGCUGGCGUUGUCCUGCGACAACCUGCUGUGUGACAUGCACGGACGGCCGCCGUCGCCACUCGUCGUCAUAUACGUGCGCUUCUCCAAACACCUCUCCGUACGAUACGGCUCCACGGAAAUUGUAGAGACAUGCAGUAACCCGUGUUUCUCGAAGACCGUACUGUUCCGGGCGAGUGACGGGCUAACAGGCGAUGCCGUAGUUCGCAUAGUGGUCUACGACGUCAAGGAACGAGUGUCGGCCACAGCUGUGCCAAUGGGCUUCACAGCUAUGCUGCUUAGCACUAUACAGGUAACCGGUCUUCAUCAUCCUGUCUAA